CGAAUUUCUUCAGCUCGCAAAACACUAUCAACGUUUAACAUCGUAACGAGACACCGCCUAUCCCAACACAACCACAAUCAUGUCAAAGGGUCGAGGCGGCGUUGAUCAAAUCGUGAAGCUGAUCGUGGGAGCUGGACAGGCUAGUCCUAGUCCUCCUGUUGGUCCUGCUCUCGGUUCCAAGGGUGUAAAGUCUAUGGACUUUUGUAAGGAAUUCAACGCGCGAACUGCCCAUAUUAUCACUGGAACACCAAUGCCAUGCCGAGUUACCGUCCGCCCCGACCGAUCAUUUACCUUUGACGUCCGAACACCGCACACCUCAUGGCUUCUCCUUAACGCCGUCGAAGCUCCCAUGGGAAAGAAGGGCAAGCGAAAGGGUGUCAGCAAGCCCGGGCAUGAGACUGUCGGCACUCUAUCCCUGAAGCACAUUUAUGAAAUUGCAAAGAUUAAGCAGACUGAGCUCCGACUUUCAGGCCUAUCGCUGGAGGGACUUUGCAGAUCGGUCAUUUAUCAAGCGAAGACGAUGGGAAUUGAAGUGGUGGCUUAGGGGCAUGAUUACGAAAUGAAAAUAAAAGACCACAGAAUGUGGUGUGUACGAAGAUCUCCAACCAGAUAUUAUACUUGUACAACAGUCUAUGGAUAGGGAGUUGGGCCUCUGACCAGAGGAAGAAUUUCACGAUGCAUCUAUUCAGCGUUCAAAAGGCGAAAUACUGGUUUUUCUUUCACAAUUGUGUGUGCCGGGCAGGCCGAUCUUAUAUCAGGCUUAUUCCGAUGGCAUUGAUGUGAGAAGAUGGACAUGAACGUGGUUCAGCACUUGAAGGCCAAGUGAGUGAUCACAGACGGUCGUUGUCCGAGGUCAUGAGGCAAGACAUGUGAAGUUGAUCUGGUCUUAACAAUUCGCAAAUCGUCAGCACCUCACGUGCCUCUAUUAGUACGUGAGUAGGCACUUAUCCAGGAAAUACUCUCGAUCCACCUUACGCGUGGCUUGCAUGAAGUCUCGUAUCCCGUUGAAACCAAUGAAGUCGUGUGGAGUACAUAUGACUGUAUCCCAUGUACGAUGCAUCUCAGAUCAUG